GCCAGGCGUUGGCGAGAAUCAGGAGUAAAAGUUUUUUGAAGUUCGAUAUUUUGUCUACUUUUUAUCGCGUCUGAGAGUAUGCAGGGAAUUAAAUGUGUGGUGGUUGGUGAUGGAGCUGUUGGUAAAACUUGUAUGCUGAUCAGUUACACAACCAAUGCCUUCCCAGGAGAAUACAUACCUACUGUAUUUGAUAACUAUUCCGCUAAUGUAAUGGUGGAUGGGAGACCCAUUAACCUGGGAUUAUGGGAUACAGCAGGUCAAGAGGAUUAUGACAGACUCAGGCCACUUUCCUAUCCACAGACUGAUGUCUUUCUCAUCUGCUAUUCUGUUAUAAGCCCAGCAUCUUAUGAGAAUGUCAAGGCAAAGUGGCAUCCUGAAGUGAGUCAUCACUGUCCAGGUAUACCAAUCAUUUUAGUAGGUACAAAAACUGAUUUGCGUGAAGAUAAAGACACCAUUGAGAAGCUGAAAGAAAAAAAACUAAGCCCUCUUAGUCCAGCACAGGGAGUCCAAAUGGCUAGAGAUAUAAAGGCAGUUCAAUACCUAGAGUGUUCAGCUUUGACUCAAAAAGGCUUAAAGAAAGUGUUUGAUGAUGCAAUAAGGGCUGUGCUAUCUCCCAAGAAACCAGAACGACCCAAAAAGAAAUGUACACUUUUAUAAAUCAGCAAUAAUAUGUGUACUGUGUACAUAUAUGUUAAUUUAUUUUAGAUGUAGUUAUAUAUACCUAGAAUGGUUCUAGCUAGGUUUGUUUUAGUAUCAAAUACAAAGUAUUACUAUGUCAAGUGAUAGAAAUAGUCGAUGCUUUACUGUUUCAAGCCAUUUUAUGGGUAAAAACAGUCAUUUAUCAAGAGCAAAUCGUAGAAAACUGACUGAAUUGUCAUCAUAAUUAAUGAUUAUAACAUUGAAUUAUUCUUUCCCGGACUGAUGUUGCUCAACUAUAUCUAACACUUAGGGUUGUGAUAGUAUUAAUAAGGAGUUUCCUAACAGGAAGGGGUAAUUAUCAAAUUAACAACAAUAUAUACCACAGAUCCAUAUUUAACAAUAUAUUAUAAUUAACAAUGAGCAAGAUUCACUUGGGGAGAGCAUAGAUGAGAAAUUUCUACUGCAUUAUCUUGAUGUAUAAUGGCAGUAUCAGAAAUAGUAACCAAGAAUGCCAAGUUGGCUAUCUGAAGAUCUUAAAAGAUCUAAAACACCUUUGAUUUCUACAAAUUUAUUUGUAGGUUAUGGAUGUGCCACAGUAAUAUUAUUCAAUGAUUGUAGAAGCACAUAAUCCAUUAGUUAUAAAACAAAAAUAGAUAGAAAGGAAGUUAUAUAUAUAUAUUAAUUCAAAUACUACAUAUAGCUAUUCCGUAAACGGCUGUUGGAGAGAACGACAGUUGGCAAAUGGAACACUUCACCAAUUAGGCGUCCAUUUUGGUACAAAUCAACAUGUUUUACAUGGAUUUUGGGGUGAGUCAACUUUCAAUUCACCUACACAUCAUGAAUUGUUAUAAGUAGAUGUGUCCUUGUCUAAACAAUAGCAAUCACCUGGAAUAACAUCUAAUAUUACCAAUCACUGUUCUCUCUGACAACCUCUUUUUGAAACAGCUAUAUAAGAACUUUGACUAGAGAUACUUUGACUAGAGAUCAAGAAAAUUUAUUCACUUUAUUUUGACAUUUUGGAGAAAUUUAGACUAGUGAUGUGAAUGUUGCUUUUUGUGUGAAGAGAGAAAUGGAAAGCACUUUAUGUUUCAUUUCUGUCAAGACAAUUUUCCUCGUGCUAUUCAAAUUAAUGGCUGGCCAUUCUGAUUUGAAGCUGGGACAAGGGGAAUGUUUCUGCAACUUUGACUAGUUGCUUGCAGAUCAUUAAGUAACAAAACGAUGCAAAAAUCUUAAACAAAUCACCAUAAAUGAAUUGAUUGCAAAUUUAGUUUAUCAGAUAUCUUUAAAAGUACUAUUUAGUACCAUAGACUGCUACUAAGUGGGUAAAAGUAAACAUUUUGUACAAAUUUGUACAUUUUUUGUUUUGCUGUAUAAUAUUAGUACUCUUUGCAGUCAAACAUUAUAUUAUAUGAUUGAUUAAGAGCAAGAUUCUGCCAAUUCACUUAAGUUAUACAUGUAUUCAUUUGCCUGUGGCAUGAUCUAUGCAUACAAUUUAAAAACUAUAGAGUUGGUGGAAUAUUUUGUCAUGAUGAGGUUUUUUGACUUCAAAAAUCGUUUGUGUGUGCCUUACAAGGAUUGUUAGAAAAUGUUAUUGGUCUUUAAGAAUACGAAUACAAUAAAAAAUGAUUUGCCCAUUAA